AAGACCCGAGUAAACUUGUGUCGUCCCAGCAACCCAACCGCGUCAAAGUGUUUCAAAACAUUAUGUGAAAACUGAAAUAAGAAAAAAAAGUACUUUAAAAAGCUUCCCAAAGUUGUUGGAAUAAUAGUCAAUGAUGUCUGGAUCCAGUGUUGUUCCACAUACACCCAAAAAGAAAACAGAUGCAUUGCCAUCCAUAGAUGCCACAAAUGAAAUACAGGAUCCACUUGAUUAUUCAUUUUGUCGGCUAAAUAAAGUAGAGGAUGCACUAGACGAGGAGCCCAGAUCAUCUCCAAGAAAGAAUCAAGGCCUUACUGAGGAUGGCAAGUCUACAAGUCGAUGUCUUCGUUUAAACAAUAACAGCCUUCAGUCAAUUGAACGACUUGGUGAAGUCAUAAAUGCCAAAUUUGAAAAUCCCAAGAAUAUUGCUUGGAUUGACUUAUCUUUCAAUGAACUUACAACUGUUGAUCCGGUUCUGUUAGAGUUUACUGAGCUUCAGAUCUUAUAUCUCCAUGGUAAUCAAAUAGCAGACAUUAAAGAGGUUGCUAAGCUUUCUGCUCUGAAGAAGUUACGAAAGCUGACAACCCAUGGCAACCCACUGGAGAAAGCAAAGGGUUACAAGUUCCAGAUCCUGGCAAUGAUUCCACAACUCCAGGCCAUAGACUUCAGUCGGGUAACAAAGUGUGAUCGGAAAACAGCAGAGGUAUGGAACAAUCUCAACAGUGCUCCAAAGAAAAAGAAAGAAAAAAUAGAGGAUGACUGAGGAAGUUACUGCGGAUAUUCAUUUUAUUAUUUUAUAUAUUGUUAAUUUGAUUAUAAAUUUCACAUGCAGUGUAAUUUAUGUGACUAUUGAAAUAAAACAUGUAGUCACACUUAAUAAUUAUGAAGAAUUUACAUUACAAAGUAAUGUAUAUAUUGUAUACUUUGCAUUUAUAUUUAUGUAGUCAAACAAAAUGAAAAUAAGUUUUCAGAUUAGAAAAAGGCAAGUUGCCAUAUUUUAAUAUUUCUGUGAUAUUUCAAA